AUGCAGACCACUUCGACGAACGUCACAAAUGUCGACCCAGUAGACGUUGAUUUGCAUCACCCAGUCAACACCUUCCCUUCACAUCAUCCUAUUGACGAUUCUCCUACUCCAACUAAAGCUAGUAUGUCAUCACGAAAGGUCCCACUACAAAAUGGCUAUGACAACGAGAAAUGGUACGAUGUUGACACAUCGUCCAAAGAAUCGAUCGACACAUCGUCCAAAGAAUCGAACCACCACGAUCCGAACCAUGGCUUCCGGGUGCCCAAUCGCUUUCGACAUCUCCAUGACCGGUUUUACCGGAUCGCUUCUGAUCGCCGAGAGAAGGCUAUAGCCAUGCAAUGCUUGGGGACCCCAAAUCCUAAGUAUUGGCCAUCAGCAGGGGCCUUAUACUUUCACUGUGCCAAAUUUGUCUCGAAUGAGGCGUUCUACAAGCUCGAUAUUACCCGGGAAUUGGCAGCGCAUAUCGUGGUAACUGCUGACGCACCGGGCUACCUGAGAAGGACGAGGACCGAGGGACAUUCGGGAUAUUCCUGUAUCGGGAAAUUCUUUGGAGACAUAUUGGAGAAGUUGGUGAUGGUGAUCUUCGACGACAUGCGCUGGUAUGAAUCCCACGGAAGAUGGCAUAAGAGCCACUGGUACGAAAUACCAUCUGCCAACAUGCGGGAAGCGCUGGAGGAGCUGGGGGUCAUCGACAUCGACAGAGAAUAUCGCCGCUUCAAAGACAAUGUCACAGGAUUUGCCUCUCGUAUCCCCCGUGUUGUACUUGGAAACAAAAACAAGGAUCGCCGACGCAGAAUCCUGGUCGAUUUUGGUUUCCAAGAGCUCGAGGACUGCAAGGACACAGUCUUUCUGGAUUUGGCCGUUGUGGACCCGGACCUCAGACAUGAAGAAGUUCUCGAUAUCUUGGAGGAGCUCGGUAGACAGCAUAUGCGGCUAGCAUUUGUGCUGGAAGGAUAUUACGAUCAAAGGAUCCCGAGUGAAAUCGUCUACUGGAAAGACAAAUGCAAUCGGUUUCAGCCAAGCCGAUGGUUUCAGCUGGCCGGGGCCUUGUUCAUGGACAAGCGCAAUCUUGACCCUGAGGGCAAUCUCAAAUACCACCAUCUUGUCCGGUUGUACGACAAAAAUUUCCCCCGAUAA